AGGAGUUCGUUUUCAAGUUUCAAGUGCUGGCUUGGACCCAGCCCCUCGGCUGGAAAUUCCGACGACGAUGAUGAUGAUGAUGUGCCAGUGAAAAGGUGGAAAGUGAAAGUAAAGUUGACCAAAUAGCAUGGGACCUACCGCGGAGCAGCGCAGACUGACAGCAGCACCACAGCACGCUUGAGUCUGGAUGAUCGCAGCGGCAGCAUGACGGCAUGGAAACACGCCCGUCUGUGUCUCUUUGUUAUCUUGAGUCUGAUCAACCUGUCAAAAGAAGGCUGUGAGGAUUAUUUCACCGUGGAACGGAUGAAAAAGUAUCUGGACCACACUGUGUACCUCAUAGAGACUGGUGAACUGAAGGACACAUUGGAGUGUACAGUGGAGAGACAGUGCAUAGCCGGACACGAACCAUACUGUCUAUGGCUGGAUCACUGCUAUGACAGAAAGGAUGUGCCAAAAACUGAGACUGAAAAGUGUAAAGGGAACCCUUCUGUGGGAAUCAGUCACUAUCACUUCGGGUGCUUGGUAUCAUACUACACAUUAUCCGAGCCUGUUGAAGGCUGUAAAAACUAUGAGCGUGUCUGUGAGCUCCAUAAAGAGAGACAGCCUGUUAUUUCUGAGGAGACAAAACCAUCACAACGCCCACCACCAACAACAACAACAACAACAACAACAAAGGCAACACUGCCAGAAACAACAACAACAGCAGCACCAACAACACUGCCAGACACAACUAGAGCAACAACAACAGCAGCAGCACCAACAACAAGACUGCCAGACACAACUAGAGCAACAACAACAACUGCAACAACAACAACAACAGCCUUGUCACCAACAGUCACACAGAGCACAGUUAGCGGAAACAAUGCCAAUAAUUCAAAGAUUGUACAUGAAGCAGGGAAUGAUAAUACAAACACAGACCCCCUCAAGAUAUUCUUAGGGAUUUCUGUGAUCUUCAAUGUGAUCGCAGUGCUGGGUGGUUUGUACAUGCGCCGCCGGUGGACGCAGGACAGUAAACAGUGGGGAAACAUGUUAGUCCUUGAGUCGAAUGGAUACCCAACAGAAGUUCCACUAGCGACAGAGCCGAGGUCAGAAACACCGCUGUCAUCUGCAAACAGGGAGGAAGAGAACAUCCACCUCAUGACGCCUCAGAACUGUCAGUCCAUCAUCACACAUUCUGCUGAUAGAGACAGUCAUUGCUGUGCUGCUGGGGAGGAAAAGCACCUUUAAGGACCCUGCUCACAACAUCGCCGCUGUAUAUUUUUGAUGCAACACAGCUGUGGGAUGUAAGUAUGUGGGUGCCAGAAGGACCAGCUCUACACUCCUGGUAAAAGGACUGAAGGGGUGAUUAACCCAGAGUGAGAGUAAACAAGCUGCAGCAUGCCAGUCCUCUCAGCUGCUCUUCAGUCUCUAAUCAAGAUGGAGUAUUGCCCUGGCAGCAAGUCAAAGGGAAAUGAAGUGCAACAGGAAUGUAUGGAGUCACACUGACUGAGCUACUUGUUGUGACUAACUCCUGAAGAAUUUGAGUCUCUCCUGUGACAAGUUUGUUUCUUUGCCAUGCUUGCUUUCACUGACUGAACAGAGACACAGAGGAAGUUCCAGCAGAGAGACUUUAAAUACAGGAGUUUGUCUGCCACGGACAACAAAGAGGGCAUUAGGGUAAAACACUUAAAUGAAAUAUUUAAUGUCAAACCCAAAUGGUCUAAUUGGUAUUAUGAAGCUGUCCUCCACUAAAAGAGAUCUACACAGGUCUUUGUACAGCUUAUUAUAACUUAUAUUUAUAUUCAUUGUUAGGGCGACAACCUCCAGUGGCUGUAGUAAUAAUGACGGGAACAAAGGAUUCCCUCGCCUACCGGCGAGCCAUGUUAAAGUGCAAAAAUAUACCGCCCACUCCACUGGUUAGCUAAUGUUAGCCACCCAGGUCGGAUGGGAGCUAGCUAGCAGUGUCAUUCAUUUGGCUAUUACUGCACGGUGGCACUCUCCAGUUCCCCCCACCGAGGUCGCCCCAGUGAAUAGACAGCUUCAUUUUGAGCUGCA